UGGAGGUGCCGACAUCCGGGGAGCCUCCGCCAGGGUCGCCACCCACAGAGGAGGGGACGAGUGAGAGAGACCCACUGCGAGAGGCCCAUGAGGCGCGGGCAAGGAGGCCAUAAGGGGAGACGAAAGAAGAGAAGCGAGCGAGGGUGCAGGUACACCUCGAGGAGUUAUACCAGGAGAAGAUUAGGAUGGAGGCCGCAGGAGAAGCGCCGAAGCCACCGAUUGACCCUCUAACGAGCGAGCAGAGGAUUAGCGAGGCCUGGGCCAGCUAUGAGGGUGAGAGGGAUGCUGCUCGCCUGAGGUCGCGAGAGGUCGGACAGGGGAGUGCAAGAUUGGACGAGGCACGAGAGACAGAGGACUUGGGAUUUUCAGCCGCCAAGAUGGAGAUUGAGCGUGCAGAUAGGAGGAUAGGUGAGGUGGCGAUCUCAUCCUUCCAACGGUACUCCAUGCUUAGCGAUGAGUUGGCGGCCUCGAGGUUAGAGGUGGGACAAUUGUCCACCCAGUUGGCAGAAGAGAGGGCAGAGAACCAAGCAUGGAGCUCCCGUAUGGAAGUCAAGGAAGCGGAAUGGGAGAAGAGGCUCCAGGACAUGACGGCGAUGGUGGAGAGGCUCUCGGCCACUAAGGUGGUCGACUGGACGGAGCAGAGCCGGUAUGGUAUCCAGGGGAAGGAGGUACAGGGGCUCUUUGGCCGUGAAGGGACGACAGAGCCACCUCAGCAAAGAGGUAUGGGGAAGGUAUUCCUGGACCCAAUAGAGGCGGCAGCACGGCGGGAGGCCGAGGAGGGGAGGUUCAGCUUCAGGACGCCCACGGAGUUGACCUCGCAACAGGCCACCCCUAUGACGAUUGAGAUCCCUGAGGGCGAGCUGGCGCAGAGACCCCAACCUCCAGUGGAGGAAGGGGGCCCCACAGAGGAGUCCCCUACGAUCCUUUUGGAGUUGCAGGAGGGUGCCCUUACGGGAGCAGCAACAUCCACUGAGCCGGAGGCAAUGGGGGGAGAGGCAUCUCAACUGGAUGAGUUAGUGGCAGCUAUGGAGUUGGACAUGCCGUCAGGAGAGCCUCAGAGACAGAAGACCCCAGAGCGUGUGCCAGAGAUGGGGGGGCUAAGGAUGCAGUUAGGCUCCUGGGCUCCUGGAGCUGACUCAAGAGAGCACAUCUCAGAGCAGCAGCAGGAAACUAUGAGCGAGCCAGCGACUGCUGUGACUCCCCAGCCUUCUGACCUGCAUAGGGACGAGGGGCGACUGUGAUGGGAGGAGUCCGCGGGGGUAGGCCACUGGGAUUGGACACUCCAGCGUACCGACCUGA